AUGCAUAUUGCGUUUGCGAUUGUCGAGGGUGAGACAGCAGACACGUGGGAGUUUUUCCAAACCAAUUUGCGGAGAUAUGUUGUUACCAUUGAUGGUGUGGGUAUUAUUUCUGACCGCCAUACCUCCAUCGACGCUGCAAUAGCUCGCAGUAAUGGUGCAUGGCCACUACCAAGGGUGUGGCACAUGUACUGCAUCAGGCACAUCGGAUCCAACUUCUUAAGGAGAUUCAAGGCUCCAUAUUUGCAUAAACUCGUGGUGAACACAUGCUAUUUUAGGACGGAGCAGGAGUACAACAAAAACUACCAAAGGCUUAAAGAGCGGGGUGAGGCAUAUACUCAAUGGUGCGAUGAGAUCGGUGUUGAGAGAUGGGUGUUGGCAUUCGAUGGUGGUCAUCGUUGGAGACAUAUGACGACAAAGUUGGUAGAGUGCAUAAAUUCUGUCCUGAAGGGUGCACGCAACCUUCCUGUGACUGCCCUUGUCCGGUCAACUUUCUAUCGGCUGAAUGAGUUGUUCACUCGGAAGAGUACCGAGGCUCAUGAGCGCUCCGCAACGGAUUCACGAAACAUUGUGGUCAACCGGUUCGAUAGGUGCAACGAGAUGUUCGAGGUUCGCGAAAUACAAGAUGGUACUAUUUACACGGUUAAUCUUGCGCAACGACAUUACGGCUGUGGCCAUUUCCAGGUCGAGCGACUUCCAUGUCGCCACGUGCUUACAUGUUGCGCCAACCAGCGUCUUGAUUGGCAAGUGUACGUGCACGAUGUGUACAAGAUGUCUGAAAUUUGCAAGGUGUACAGAGGCGAGUUUGUUCCGAUAGGUGACCUAUCUACGUGGGAUAGAUACGAAGGAGCGAAAGUGAUCGCCAACUGGACAUUGAGGCGCGCGACGAAAGGAAGACCAAAGUUAACCCGAUACUUGAAUGAGAUGGACUCGCGGGAUAUUUGUGAUCCUCGCCGGUGCACUAUAUGUGGACGCGAGGGACAUAGCCGCAACCGAUGUCCUCAACGCGCAGGUCCAAGUUUCGCUGGAGGUCCUUAG